CUCUCUCAAGUUCCAAUGCUCCUUUCUUCCUCCUCCUCCCCUCCCCUCCCCUCCCCUGUUUCUGCAUUGAAGCCGCCCUCCGGCUGCAGGCGGCAGAGCGCAGACCGCCCACUUUUUGUUAUCCUGGAGCAACCAGAGCCACACAAAGGCCCGGGCAUUGCCGCUGGCUUCAGAGGACGUGCUCGUGCUGAAUUUAGUUUUUCUUUUCUCGUUUCAAGUGUUUAUUUUCAGAUGUGCUCUGCUCAAGUGUCACAUUAUUCAGUUGCUAAUUAUUUUGUUUGCUGUUCUUGAAGGCCAGUAAGACCAUGUAUUGAUUGAUCUUGUAAUAUGCUGCCAUGAAUGUUUUGCAGGUGGUGAUUUUUGCCAAGGUUGUUGUUGCCAUGGAGGACAACGGUCGUCACAAGCCUACAAGAGAGUAUAUUGGCAGGGAGUGUAAUGGUGUAAAACCGCCCAAUAAUUUCGGCGAGGUUGAUCCCUGGACCGCGUGGGCGUACAGACCACGGACCAUCUCCUUGUUACUCAUGGGAACCUGCUUUUUAAUCUGGGCAAGUGGCGCUCUUAAUCCAGAAGGAAGCUUCUCUGCUGACCGUGUCUCAUCUGUAAAAAGGGGUGUCUUUGCGAUGAUUGCUGUUUUCUUGGCUUAUUCUUUUCUUCAGGCACCUUCAACUGUGCUCAUCAGACCACAUCCUGCAAUUUGGCGCCUGGUCCAUGGGAUGGCAGUUGUUUACCUUGUGGCCCUCACAUUUUUGCUUUUCCAGACUCGUGAUGAUGCUAGGCAGUUCAUGAAGUACCUUCACCCUGACCUUGGUGUUGAAUUACCUGAAAGAUCCUAUGGAACCGACUGCCGUAUAUAUGUACCUGAUCAUCCGAAAAGCAGGUUUAACAAUGUUUAUGACAUCCUUUUUGACGAGUUUGUUAUUGCCCAUAUCCUUGGAUGGUGGGGAAAGGCUAUAAUGAUACGAAACCAACCACUUCUAUGGGUGUUAUCAAUUGGCUUUGAAUUAAUGGAGCUAACUUUUCGACAUAUGUUGCCAAAUUUUAACGAAUGCUGGUGGGAUAGCAUUGUUCUAGACAUAUUGAUCUGCAAUUGGUUUGGUAUCUGGGCUGGCAUGAAGACUGUGAGAUAUUUUGAUGGGAGGACGUAUGAAUGGGUUGGCUUGAGUCGCCAGCCCAAUAUUAUGAGUAAGGUGAAAAGGACGCUAGGUCAGUUCACACCAGCACAGUGGGACAAGGAUGAGUGGUACCCUCUGCUUGGCCCUUGGAGAUUCAUCCAAGUGCUAAGCCUGUGCGUAAUUUUCAUGACCAUCGAACUUAACACAUUCUUUCUUAAGUUCUGCCUCUGGAUUCCUCCCCGGAAUCCCUUGAUUGUCUACCGACUGGUCCUUUGGUGGUUGAUUGCGAUACCAACCAUCCGCGAAUACAACACCUAUUUGCAGGACAGGAACUCUGUGAAGAAGGUGGGGUCUUUCUGUUGGCUUUCGCUGGCUAUAUGCAUCAUAGAGCUUCUGAUCUGCAUCAAGUUUGGCCAUGGCCUCUUCCCGAAGUCGAUGCCGUCGUGGCUGAUCGUAUUCUGGACGACGGUGGCCACGCUUCUCACCAUGUUCCUUUUUGUGUGGACAUGGAAAAUUUACCGAACAAUGAUAAGAAAAAGGUUGUGAUUGCGCGACCAUAGCCAUUGUUUUCUCCGGCCCACACCAUUCUUUUCUCCUCCGAUUCAAUAUUGCCGUGUAAAUAUCCAUUCAAAUUGUGUACAUGUAGCAGUAGGCCAUUGAUCGGUGACCACGAGAAGGUCAGCCUUAGAAAUUUCUUGUCGAUCCACCAGCAGAAUAAGCCCCCUCCCCCCUUCCUUGCAUUCAUCCAUGUACCCUGUCAAUCGACUCCGGAACUCUGAAAUUCAUUUGGCCCGACCUACUUCGAUUUAAUGAAAGUAAUGAAAUAAGGUUAUUCUGUCC